AUGAUAUCCGCUGGGCCCAUGUUCCUCACUAUGGUGAUAAAGGAUUACUUGCUUCAGCAGCCUUCGCUUCCCUCGCCGGCAGUAAGGGUCAUCAAUGCAACGGAGUUAGCACCGUAUAUUACCGACCUGGAGGGCGGCACUUGGCAUAGAUCAGACGCACAGGUAGUCAUGUGGAUUGGACGUAGGCCAUGGACUUGGUUCCUCAUGGGAGCGAUUGGGCUAGCUGCUGGCUUGUCCAUCUUCCACCGUGUACUCAUGCUUAUUCUUGAUCGUGUGCUUCGUAAGGCUGAGUCCAGUCACAGCAACCCAAAGUUGGCCAAGGCAUCAUGA